AUGCUUGAUCUCUACAAUGAAUACCCUUUUGUCGCCCAUCCAAAGAGGCACUUCUCACCGUCAGCAUUGGCGGCAGUCUCGACUCCUCAUCUCCUCGCUGGCAGGACUCGCGUCGUGGACGGAGUAGACGAUCAGCUGAUACAGACCUUAUCUUUCCUUCAAACGCAGCACUACCCAAGUCAUGUUGUGGUUGCAGACAGCCUUACGCGUCCAAGUCAUCAUGUGACUGACCGAUUGUUGCCAAACUAUGCCAGUUUCAGUGGGCUUCCUAGGGUCUGA